UUCAAAAAUCUACACUCUGUAAGUAUCACAUCCUGUGUGGCUGUAAAUGCUAGACUAAGAAAGAGCUGAUGACUUUCAGAAGAUGAAAACAAGUAGGACAUUCUGAAAGGACUAUAUGAGAACCCAGCGUUAAAACCUCCUGGGAAUUUCUGAGAGCUCAGCUGGAGCAGACAAGCAGGUCCGCAGGCACAGCGCCAUCAUGUUGUCACAACCAAUGACCAAUGAAACCGUUGUAAUUGUCACGUCAAAUAGAAUCAACUUGUCCCAGACAGAGAAUCCCAAGUCCACCAACCAGGGGCAGGAUAUCCUGAAGAAAUUAAAGGCAGAAAUUAAAGUUUUGGGGACCAUCCAGAUACUGUGUGGGGUGAUGGUGUUGAGUUUGGGAAUCAUUCUGAAAUCUGCUUCAUUCCGUCCACCAUUCACCCAAGUGUUUUCCCCCCUGUUGCAGGCUGCUUACCCGUUCCUAGGAGCCUUGUGUUUUGUCAUUUCUGGAUCUCUGUCAAUCAUCACGGAGAAAAAGUCAACUAAGUCUUUGGUUCAUAGCAGCCUGGCUGCAAACAUUCUGAGCUCUCUGUCUGCUCUAGUGGGUUUCGUUCUUCUCUCUGUCAACCUGGCCACUUUGAGUCCUGCCUUACGGAUGUGUUACUUGAACCACGAGAAUGUACCAUCAGAACACCACGGUUUUAACUACUAUGAUUCUAUCACAGAUGACUCUUCCAGGUCCUGCCCCAUUACCAUCAGUCUUCUGGCUGGAAUGCUGUCCAUGACGAUGAUUUGUACCAUGCUGGAGCUGGGCUUAGCUGUGCUUGUGGCUGUGAUUUGGUGGAAACAGGCUCACUCUGACUUCCCUGAUAGUGUGCGUUUUCUGACUCUGAGUCAUAAGAAUAAAUCUGGCAUAAUCACAAAGGCAACUAUCGACUCUGGAUAUGAAGAACUAUUGACUUCUUAGGGGGAAAAUAUUCAUCAGAAAUUUGGUCUUCAUGAUAAUGUAUGAAAAUCAACCAAAGAAAUCCAACCAAAGAAAACAAAGUUGGAGUUCCCUGAAAUGUAGUUUUAUGUAAUAAACAUAAAAAAAUAAAAAACA